GCGCAGUCAGUCUGUGAUAGGCUUUCUUUCCCACAACUUCUACAAUCCAGGAACUUGUUUGCACUGCGUGCUUCUACUUUGGGGUCGGUGCUAUGGGCAAGAAAAUCUCUUCUAAAGAACACACUGUAGCUCAAGUUAGCAAUCAAGUAAAUGAUUCAAGUGAAGACAUUGUGUUGCAACGAGGUCGGUGGAAAAACAAAUUGGAAUUUAUCCUCUCUGUGGCAGGAGAAAUUAUUGGACUAGGAAAUGUUUGGAGAUUCCCUUAUCUCUGUUACAAAAAUGGAGGAGGUGCAUUUUUUGUUCCUUAUAUCCUCUUCUUGGUCACCUGUGGAAUCCCAGUAUUCUUUAUGGAAAUUUCCAUUGGUCAAUAUACCUCCCAAGGUGGAAUCACAUGCUGGAGAAAGCUCUGCCCACUUUUUGAAGGUAUUGGAUAUGCAAGUCAAGUGAUUGUAAUACUCGUUAAUUUCUACUACAUCGUGGUAUUAGCAUGGGCAUUCUUUUAUCUGUUUAGCUCCUUCUCAUCAGAGCUGCCCUGGACUACUUGCAUGCACGAGUGGAACACAGAUAACUGUGUGGAAUUCCAGAAGAGGAAUGCAUCUUUCAACUGGACACUUCCAGAGAAUGCCUCCACCUCAGUCACUGAAUUUUGGGAAAAUCGUGUUUUAAAAAUAUCUGAUGGGAUACACCACAUUGGCAACUUAAAUUGGGAAUUGGCAUUGUGUCUUCUUCUUGCAUGGGUUAUAUGCUACUUUUGUAUCUGGAAAGGAAUCAAGUCUACUGGCAAGGUUGUCUACUUCACUGCAACAUUCCCAUAUGUAAUGCUUCUAAUUCUCCUUAUUCGAGGAGUUUCUCUCCCAGGGGCUUUGCAGGGAAUUAAGUUUUAUCUCUACCCUGAUGUAACCAGGCUGGCAGACCCCAAGGUAUGGAUGGAUGCCGGGACCCAGAUAUUUUUCUCCUAUGCAAUCUGCCUAGGCUGUCUGACUGCUCUUGGAAGCUACAACAAAUACAACAAUGACUGUUACAGGGAUUGUAUUUCUCUCUGUCUCCUGAACAGUGGGACCAGUUUUGUGGCUGGAUUUGCCAUAUUUUCUGUUCUUGGAUUCAUGGCAUAUGAACAAGGGGUACCAAUCGCUGAUGUUGCAGAGUCUGGUCCUGGUCUGGCAUUUAUUGCAUACCCAAGGGCUGUGGCUAUGAUGCCAUGUUCUCCACUUUGGGCUGCCUUCUUCUUUAUAAUGAUCAUUCUCUUGGGACUGGACAGUCAGUUUGUUUGUUUGGAAAGCCUUGUGACAGCUAUUGUGGAUAUGUACCCUAAAAUAUUCCGAAGACCAAUGCGUCGAGAGCUGCUUGUCCUUGCCAUAUCAGUAGUGUCAUUUUUCAUAGGCUUGGUCAUGGUAACUGAGGGUGGGAUGUACAUAUUCCAGAUUUUUGAUUAUUAUGCAGCAAGUGGAAUGUGUCUCCUGUUUGUGGCUUUUUCCCAAAGUAUUGCUAUUGGUUGGGUAUAUGGUGCUGAUCGAUUUUAUGACAACAUUGAAGACAUGAUUGGCUACAGACCAUUGCCAAUAAUUAAGUAUUGCUGGCUUUUCUUCACACCUGCAGUCUGUACAGGUACAUUCCUUUUCUCAGUAAUUAAAUAUGCUCCUCUACGGUACAACAAAACCUAUGUUUACCCCUGGUGGGCAGAGGUUAUAGGAUGGAUUAUUGCCCUCUCAUCUAUAAUGUGUGUCCCUGCCUGGAUUGUCUACAAAGUCUACACAGGCAACGGUCCCCUGAAGGAGCGGAUUUAUCAGCUUACUUAUCCAGCAGAAGAUUUGCCUCAGCCAAGAAAGGAACAGGAGCAGCUACUACAGAACGGGACAGCACAUAUUAGUGAUGAUCAUCUAAUUGUUCCAGAAGAAUCAAAGUGUUAGCAUUUCAGUACAGACUUGACAUGAUUAUAAAUAUCAGCAAUACCUGUCUUAUUUUUAAUAACAAGACUUUUGUAUUUUUCUAAGCUAAUGCUGUUAGAUAAUACACUCAGAAAUGGUAAAUGCUUCCAGAAUGUCUGUGUUUGGAAUCCAGCAUACGUUCAUCAUAUUGAUCACUGCUGCAGUAGUCGUACCUAUAUGGGGUUAUACCCUGCCAAGAAUAUAACAGCUAUCCAGCUUCCAAAGCUUCAGGGCACCAUCCAUGCACCCAAACUGUCAAGGAGCUCAAGCUAAGCUGAUUAUAAGACAAAUUUGGAUGAGAAGGUAUUCACAGCUUUACUGCCACCGAAAAGUAUGCUCCUCUGAGGCUUUCGAGGAUGGGUGGUCAGCUUGUGUCUACCGUUGCUGGGCAGAUAAGUCCCUUUGAAGGAAAAAAAACUUCCAUUUUCUUAAUUUUUUUAAUGUUUUUAUUACUUUC